ACUACAAAUAACAAUGAUGCUCAGUAAAACUUUUGCUAAGCACAAAAAACAUGAGCAUAGUAGGUCUUAGCUGCUAAAUUCGAAAAUAGAACAAACCACACGGAGGGAUUUGAUGAAAAAUUCAGGAAAGAAGAUAGCAUGAGAAAUCGAGAGGUACGCGACUUGGCUCCGUCGGAGGAGGACUCACUUGAAGCCACCUCAAAGAGUAGCGAUGGCAGCAAGACCACGACGUCCAGUUCCUCGUGCACCUUCGCCCUGAGUGGCCAGUCGCUGGGUACCGGGUCCAAGUCCUCUGCCCUCCAGAUCAUCAAAAAGGAGCAGAAUGAGGGUGAGGAGCAGAAGAAGGAGGAGGUGGAGCAGCAGCAACAGAAGCCGCAGCAGCAGCAGCAGCAACAGCAGCAGCAGCAGGAGGAGCAACACAAUCAGGUGCGGGCCCAACUAAGCUCAAUGCAUAGGGCGAUUGGAGGUGCCGAUGCGCCUCAGGAGGAGGUGGAGGCAACAUCAACGCCAACGAAUACCAAUCGUUGCGCCAAAUGCAACAAGAAGUUGGGCCUGACCGGGGGUUUCCCCUGCCGCUGCGGCGGCGUCUACUGCGCCGUCCACCGGUACAGCGACCGCCACGAGUGCAGCUUUGACUACCGUGAGCUGGGCGCCAGCGAAAUCCGUCGAGACAAUCCCCAAAUCAUACCCAGCAAGUUAAAGAAGCUCUAAUUGCAGCUAGAGCUCAAAACCUGUUAAUAGUUUAUAUACAUUUCCGAUUCCCAAGCCAAGAUAGGAGGAUGCUGGGCAUCUUCAACACCACCAGCACCACCACCAACGUAGAAGAUCCGUAAUCAGAACCAUCCUCCCCCCCAGAACGGCAAAUAAGAACGGAAUGACAGAAACCAUUAAGAAGUAAAAUCAUUGAAGCGUAUUAAAAAUAUAAAGAUGUAUAUAUGAAAUGUAGGACUAUUAAAAGGACCAAAUUUUGUUGUUGUUUUCAA